AUGCUUCCAUCUUUGCGUUGCUUAUGUCUCGACCCUCCUAACAUUCUUCAUUCGCCCCGCGGGCCGCUCUGCUCGUACGUGGCGGCAACGGCGCUGCUGCUGCUGGGCUGCGGGGUGGGCCUCGGCAUCAGCGCGCUGCUCUCGCUGCUCUUCCCCGCCACCUCGCUCCGCUUCAUCUCCGCCAACGCUCCCCCUGACGCGCUCGCGGACGCUCAGUCGCAACUGUCGUUCCUGGUCGUGGGAGACUGGGGUCGCAACGGCGACUACAACCAGUCCAUCGUCGCGGAAUCAAUGGGCGAGGUGGCAGCGGCCAUUGACAGCAGCUUCGUGGUGUCGACAGGAGACAACUUCUAUGAUGACGGGAUGCAGGACAUCAAUGACCCCACCUUCGCCUCUUCCUUCUCCGAGAUCUACCAGGCGCCCAGCCUGCAGACCCAGUGGUACGCAGUGCUGGGCAACCACGACUACCACCGCAACCCCGACGCGGAGACGGACCCGGCGCUGAGGCAGAGGGACCCGCGGUGGCGCUGCGAGAAGACCUACACUGUUGUGCGCGACACCUGCCCCAAGUUCCGCUACUUCGAGUGCAACCCGCUGCUGCAGCUGUUCUUUAUCGACACGUCCCCCCUGGUGGCGGGGUACUGGCACGGCAAGGCACAUGAGUUUGAGAAGCUCAACUUCACGGGCCUCCCAGACGCCUCCCUCACCCUGCACUACCAGCUCACGUUGCUGCGUGCAGCGUUGGCAUCAUCAACUGCCACGUGGAAGGUGGUGGUUGGCCAUCAUCCCAUCCACAGCACAGGCAGCCACGGCAACACACCAGAGCUGAUCAAGUUCCUCUACCCGCUUCUCAAGCGCUACAACGUGGACAUAUACAUGAACGGCCAUGACCACAACCUCGAGCUCUACAAGGAUGUCAACAGGCCUCUUCGCGGAAGCAUCAUGGCAUAUGACGCGGAUCAGGAGGCGCUACGCGGCGUCGCGUACGUGCCAUUGGAAAUCGAGGAUCCGCCGGAGCCGCUGAACAGUAGACCUCGUAAACUCUUCCCGUUUCUUACUCUCUCCCCGCGACCCUUCUCCCUCCCCGUUCCCCCUCCCCGCCCGCCAUCCCGUCCCCCACCCCCCUCCGCCCAACGGUGGCAGUGGGUGGUGCACCUGUGCAGUCUGGCCUUCACAAUCCUCUUCUCCGCGCUGCUGCUGCUCCUCAUCGACUGGCGCGCGCUCCUCUCGCUCAACUGCUCCGCCGCCUCCGCGGCCGCCGCAGCCGCCGCCAUCUCCGCCGCUCCCCACGCUACUCCCGCCGCUGCCGCCAGCGGUGGAUUCGCGGCAACGGGGCCGGGUGAGCGUCCCGCUGUGCGGACACUGGCGGAGACGCGGAGCGAAAGGGAGUGGCGCGAGGGACGUUCGUACGAGCGAGAUGGGGAGAGAGGCAUGCAGGGUAGGGGUGCAGGGGAAAUGAGCGAUGUUGGACCAGACACGGUUGUAAAUAGUCCUGUAUAUAGAGGCUCAUACGUUGGUGUAUAUAGCGGUGGGGAUGGGUCGAGAGUCGAAGCAGGCGCGCUGCAGGAUGCGAUAAUCCCUGGGGAGCGGAGGAGGAGGCUUGUACAGGGGAGCGCAGCAGAGGAGAGAGUAGCAGCGGGAACGGAAGCAGAGAGGGGGUUAGCAGAGGGGAGGGUAGUGGAGGGGAGAGUAGCAGAGGGCGCAGCAGAGGGCGCAGCGGAAGCGGCGAUGCACGAAGCGGAGGGGGCGGCGGAGGGCGCGUGCGACGUGUUGAGGCACGCUAUAAGGAGGGACGUGUUCCGGCGUGUGAGUGUGUGGGAGGUGAUAGUAACGGCGUACCUGGGGCUGCUGUGCCUCUACUGGCUCCUCUGCUUCGCGCACUUUUUCCUGCGCCUCCCCGCGCUGCUGGAAACGCGCGCCCUCUUCCGCCACAGGUUGCGCCUGUGCGACCAUCAGCUGCUCAUGACGCCCUGGCCCGCCGUGGUGGCGCGCCUCGUGCGCGCGUGGAAUGCCGAGGGCGCGGGGGAGAGGGGGGAACGAGCGGGGGAGCGAGUGAGGGAGCGUGCAGGUGGCGGAGGGGAAGGGCGCGCAGGGGGGGAGGAGUCCAGCGAGGACGAGGAGGAGGGGGAGCAGGCGCAGCAGGGGGAAGAGCGGGGUCUGGGGGCAGAAUGGCUGGAGGCAGACGCAGCAGGGGGAGGAGGGAUUUCAGGAACGGUAGUGGUGCGAGGGGUAGGAGGGAGAGGGGCAGGCGGGGUGGUGUGCGGAGGCAGGGCACGGGUGGGGGGGCUGUCAGCAUACGAGGUGGCGGCGCGCAUCACACGGCGAGACAACUACCUGGUGGCGCUCGUGGACUCGCGCCUGCUCACUGUGCGCAUGCCUGCUGGGGGGGGACAAGGGGGAUCCGGGGGCACAGGCGCUGCGCUCGCUGCUGCGCUGCUCGGUGCCGUGGGGCCAUUGCUGUCGUUCCAUGUGGUGCAUGAGAAGAGGUGGCGCAAGGGAAGGACGGGGCGAGGGGAGGAGCGAGAGGAGGAGAGGGAGGAGGGGUGUGUGCGGGUGACGGUGUUGAGCAAGACGUUAGAGUGGGUGGUGCACUGGUGUGUGCUGCACCCCUUGCUGGACCGUCACGGCCGCCUGCAGAAGCACUUCCUGGACGACCCAGCAGCGCUGCGCCAGCGGUUCGUGCUCUCGGGGUGGCUGCUGGCGCUGCUGUCGCCGUUCGUGCUGCUGUUUGUGCUCUCCUUCUUCCUCCUGCGCAAGGCCCACCAUCUGUACCAUGAGCCGGCUGCUGCGGGCGUGCGCUCCUGGUCCAACCUCGCGCGCUGGAUGUUCAAGGAGUACAACGAGGUGGACCAUCUGACCUCCCAGCGGCUGGAUGAGGCAUGCCCACGCGCAGACGAGUACCUGGCGCAGUUCCCCUCGCCGCUGCUCUCCCUGGCCGCCAAGCUCCUCUCCUUCGUUUCCGGCUCCCUCGCUGCUCUGCUGCUCGCCCUCGCCCUCGCGGAUGAGAAGCUGCUCGAGGCACAGCUCUUUGGUCGCGGCCUCGUGUGGUAUGCGGCCAUACUGGGCGCGGUGCUGGCAGCAGCACGGCCGGUGGCGCAGGCGGACAGGGCGGCGGGCAGUGUGGACCCCAGGGGCGCGCUGCUGAGGGCGGCAAGGCACACGCACUUCCUGCCUGCUAGGUGGAGGAGCAAGGCGCACACGCAGCGAGUCAGGGAUGAAUUCCAGACGCUCUACCAGUGUGGGUCCCCGUCCUCACCUCUCCCCCCCCCUCUCCCCCCCUCGUCCCCCACUCUCCCCCCCCGUCCCCCCCUCUCCACCCCCCGUCCCCCCCUCUCCCCCCCUCCGUCCCCCCUUCUCGGCCCCCCGCGCCCCCCUCUCUCUCUCCCCCCAUCCCCCCCCCUCCUUUCCCCCGUCCCCCCUGCUCCCCCUUCUUCUCCCCCCUCCCCCUCUCCUCCCCCUUCUUCUCCCCCCUCCCCCUCUCCUCCCCUCCCCUCCCCUCUUCUCCGCUCCCCUCCUCCCCUCUCCUCCCCUCCACUCCCCUCUCCUCGCUUCACCUCUCCCCAUCCCCCCCUCCCCUUCCCAUGCCACGUGUGUGGGCAGUUGAAGCCGCUGCUCUUCCUAGCGGACGUGCUCGCCAUCUUCACCACGCCCCUCAUGCUCUGGUUCAUCCUGCCCCAGGUACUGCCUCCCCCCGCGCCUCUUCCUCCUCUCGCCAUCUUCACCACGCCCCUCAUGCUCUGGUUCAUCCUGCCCCAGGUACUGCCUCCCCCCGCGCCUCUUCCUCCUCUCGCCAUCUUCACCACGCCCCUCAUGCUCUGGUUCAUCCUGCCCCAGGUACUGCCUCCCCCCGCGCCUCUUCCUCCUCUCGCCAUCUUCACCACGCCCCUCAUGCUCUGGUUCAUCCUGCCCCAGGUAGCCUAUUCGACUGUUGUCCGCCCUCCCUUGACAGUGUGUUUGUGGGCCACGUGUGCUCUCACAGUGUGUUUGACUGUUGUCCGCCCUCCCUUGCCCCAUCCGCCCUGCCUUGCCCCAUCCGCCCUCCCUUGCCCCAUCCGCCCUCACGUGCCCCAUCCGCCCACGUCCCCACCCAUCCCACAGAGGGCGGACGCCAUUCUCGCCUUCCUGCGAACCACCUCCACGUACCACGAGGGGCUGGGCCACGUGUGCUCCCACAGCGUGUUUGACUCGCAGGGAGAGCAGCAUGCCAGCAGCAGUGGGAAGAGCGGUGCUUGGAGUGCGGAUACCAAAGGGGAUAGUGGCAGGAGUGGCAGGUUGGGGAGUGGCAGUGGCGAAAGCGGAGGUGGAAGCAGCGGGGUUAUGCGAGGAGGGGGGUGUGAGGGUCGGCUUGGGGUGGGAGUGUGUGGAGGGACGGUGGGGGAGGUAGCUGUUGGCGUGGAGGGUGGGCAAGGAGGGUGGGAGGGCGGGCGAGGAAGGGGGGGUGAUGACACAUUGGCGGCAGCUCACAGCAGUGAGAGCAAGGUGGAGCAGUCAUUUGCCAGCUUCUGCGCCAGCUACCCCUCCUGGCAGCCCCAUGCUUCAGCCCAGCAAUUCUGGGCGCCACCUGCUCUGCAGCAGCAGCAGCAGCAGGGGCGGCAGCAGCAGGAGCGGCAGCAUCAACAACAACAUAGCAAGAGCAUGCAUACGCAAGCUCUACUUGCUCCUGAGACCACUGCAGAUGCUACCCCUCCGCACUCACCCCCUCAUUGUCACCACCCUUUACAGUCACAGUCAAUUAUCGGAAUCCGACCUGCAGCAGAGUGUCAAGCAGCAAGCGGUGCAGAGGGGUCGCAGUGGGUGCUGCAGCGAGGGAUGCAGCCCACUCGUAGCCUCAGCUGCAGUGACGGUGUAUGGGAGGGGAUGGGGGAGGGGGAUGGUGUGAGGGAGGGGAGUGGCAUAGGGGAGGGGGAUAGCGUGGGUGAUGAUGGCAGCAUGGGUAGCAGCAUGCUGUUAGAGCAGAUGGAUGCUGCCAUGCAUGGCGGCAUGCAUGGUAGCAUGCAUGGAGGCAUGCAUGGGCGUUCAUAUGGUGGUAUGCAUGAGGGCAGUAAUGAAGGGAUGCAUGCAAGAGGCAGCAUCACAUGGGGGGAUGCGCAAGGAGGGCAGCAGCCCCAGCAAGAAGCACACAGGCAGCAGCAGCAAGAGCAAGAGCAGCAGCUGCCACUGCACCGCAUGGUGGCAGCUGCUUCUCCAAGUGUCACUACUCGAGUAACGCGCAGCCCAAGUGCAGAUGCAGUGCAUGCAGCCCAUGUGGGAGGGGUGGUGGUGCAUGCAGUGCCACCCUCUGCUACGGUUGCUUGGAGAGGAAGGACAACAGGAGUAGGUGCGGCGGGUGCAGCAGGUGCAGCGGGUGCAGUAGGUGCAGCGGGUGCAGCAGGUGCAGCAGGCGGGGAAGCAAGAGCAGGAGCAUCAGGUGCACGUGUAUCAGCGGGUGCAAGGAGAGAGGAUCCCUUGGUUACGUUGCAGAUAGGGGACUCCCCGCCGCUGCCCUUUGGCGACAUCUUUGCUCUUGACUCCGACUGA